GCCGCUGCGCUCAAAGCGCCGUGCGGCUCUAACUCCGGCGCUGCUUCUGUAACAUCAUCCUGCAAAACAGCUGAAAAUCAAAGUAUUGAUCGCUGAAAUAUUGAUGAUCGAUACUGCGGCGCGCGGCUGUCAGUGAUCAGUAACUGAGGAGGACCGACAGCGGAGCGACAACGAUGGACGGUGACGAGUGUGAGUUUUCGGAUCCGGAGCUGUCUCGCUCUCACCGCGGCAGCGUGGCGUCCUCUCUCUCCCGCGCUCAGGAUGUGUUGGUGUACCUGGUGAGUGACAGUGCGGUGCAGCUGUGUGUGGAAGGUGUGGGGACUGUGUGUGUGCAGGAGUUGGCUCGGAUGGUCCGGCAGACUCUCCAGGUUCCGGACUCGGAUCAGGACGCGUUUGCGUUCUGGCUCUGCUCUCCGUUACUCGAGCUGCAGCUGAAGCCGAAACACCAGCCGUAUAAACUGUGCCGGCAGUGGCAGGACCUGCUGUACCGCUUCACCGACGCCUCCUCAGAGGACAUCUCUGUAGACGAGCCGUGUCUUCAGUACAAAAGGAAUGUUUUUUAUCCCAGGACAAAAGAACUUCAGAUAGAUGAUGAGGGCGUACUGAGGUUUCUGUACGACGAAGCGCGGUUAAAUAUCCUGGAGGGUCGUUAUCCCUGUGAUCCGGAGCACUGGGUCCGGCUCGGAGCGCUGAGCUGUGCCCUAGACUGCGGUACCGGGCUGGAUGACCAGAAACUCAUUACGGUCAUCAGGGAGAAGAAGUUAUCUUCCUUCCUGCCGGCUCAUGUGGUUUUGGGUUCUGGGGGUUUUUUCUCGAGCCUGCGGUCGCGGGGGAGUCGUCACGCAGAGCUGGAGCAGAGCCUGCUGAAGGAAUACCGCUCGCUAAGUAGCCCUCAGGAGCCCACAGCACUCUUCAGGCAGUACCUCAGCAUCUGCCACUCGCUGCCUUAUUACGGCUGUGCGUUCUUCGUGGGUGAGAUCGAUAAGCCGGCGCAGGGGAUCCUGCACCGCGGCGGGAGGAAGAGCGUCAGUGUGGGGAUCAGUCUGGAGGGGGUUUACGUCAUGGACACGAAGGAAAAGCAUGUACUGCUGGGUCUGCGGUUCAGCGAGCUGUCCUGGGACCACUCGUACCCCGAGACAGAGGGGGACUCGCACAUCCUGUGGCUGGAGUUCGACGGGGAGGAAGACGGCACACAUGUUAACAAAUUACUGAAGAUUUACUCCAAACAGGCGGAGCUGAUGAGCGGUCUGAUCGAGUUCUGUGUGGAGUUGCGGUCAGUAGGGGAUGCGGCAGCGGCCACAGGGACUGACGGAGACGCCGCUGUUUCACACACACCUGCAGGACAGUCACCUGUGGGCCAGGUGGGUGGGGAGCGGCCUCAGGAGAGGCGGGGCCGACUGCGCAGACAGAGCAGCGUGGUCUGCAGCCGAGUGCACACGCUCAGCACCAUCAGCUACGUGGACGACGGUAAGGAGAUAAAGCGCCUGAAGCCAAAGAGAGCCGCCUCCUUCUUCUCCCGUCAGGCUCCGCCCACUUACUCUACUGUUCAGGUGACGGACAGUCUGGAGCAGGGCUGAGAGCCGACACUGCCCCCUUCAGCCCGAAGACCAAAACUACACCUGCCCCUUUAGAUCGACACCCUCACUGUGGUCGGAGUGGACAGAGACUGGACCAACAUUACUAAAAAAAAAAACGAAAGUUGAACCACUGUUUAUGAAUAAUGAUGUACUUUAUAAUGUUGAUGAUGUCACAAGCUUAAGUUAUGGCUCUCUUUGUCGUUUGAUCUCUCCUCAGAUCAGAGAAAGAUGCUGAAGCAGAAGUGAAAGAGCUGAAGGGAAAGAGAGAGUUUAGCGUCUCCGUUUCUCUCCUGAAUGCAAAUCUCAGCUAUGCAAAACCCACCAAACCAAACGGUCAGCGCAGCAGUGCAGUGCAGUGCUGAGCUGCAGUGCUGAGCUGCAGUGCUGAGCUGCAGUGCUGAGCUGCAGUGCAGUGAGGUUUGUGAUGCUGCACUAAAUGAACCAGUGCCUCUACCUUCCUCUCCUGCUGCUGCAGAGCUUUACAGACUCGGCACUGAGGAAACACAGGAACUUCUGUUUUCUCUGCCGUAACAAAACCUCACGAACUUUCACAGAAGGAGGACUAGACGUUCUUAACUUUAAAACAAGGUCAGAGCUGUUACAGACCGUUUCUGUUAGAGCUCUACCGAUACAUCAGUUGACCAAUAGUAUCGUCUGGUGUGUCUGACCCACAUUUUUAUUUGUAGUGGUAUAAAUACUGCAGACAAUCCACCAGUAAUUGUGUAAAUCCUUUUUGCCUGUUGAGAACAAAAUGUUCACAAAUGACAAUCAUAUUAAUUACAUUUAACAAACCACUGAAGUAUAAAAACAAAAAUCUAAAAUAUUAAUAUGCUGUUAUAUUGGCUGAUAUUAUCGGUUAUUGGGAUUUUUAGCUGCUUAAAAUCAGCAUCAGAGACAUGAGUUUCAUAUCGGCCCAAACCCUGAGAUCAGAUAUUGGAAUCAUCAGGUGAAGAGAAGUCGGAUCGGUGCUACGAGGUUUUGUUACGACAGUGAUGCUCCGCUUCCCUCGGUGUGUCGACGGUUUAGCAGGACUUUUUCAGAUGCAGGUUCUGAGGUUCAUUCUUGGUGUUUUCUGUCGAGUAAAGAUGGAAUUUUCUAAAGAUGUUAAUGGCUCUCUCAGUGACGAAUGUAAACAUGUUUACAGCUCUAACUCUGAUAAAGUGACCUGCAUGAACUUAGCUGUAGGAGCCGAACACCUGAUGACAUCACUCUGCUGAUCCGUAUUUACUCUGAAUGUGCAAACAGGAGAAAACAAUCAGCUGCGUAUCGUCAGUCGUUAAUGUCUGUAUAUGGAGCUGAGAGUAAACCUGGUACUUUACAGUGAGAUAUUGGAUUUUACUACAUUUACGUACGAGCUGAAUGUACAUCACUGCAGAAAAUAUCCAAAAAUAUCAACUGGCUUGUUAAUGGAAUUUUCAGUUCCACCUUAAAUGGUGCAGCAGUUACAUUCUGGCGCCUCAUUUAAGGUGGAACUGAAAAUUCCAAUCAGAAUCUAUCUUAAGCCUAUUUCAUUUAGCUUUGCUGGUUUCCCAAACUUGGAUUAAGUCUAGUCUUGGACUGAAUUCAGUACUAAUGUACUCAUUUGCAUUGAACAUCCCCUUUAGUCCAGUCUUAGUCUUAAUCUGCAUCUGUGACACCAGCCUUUAGCGUUUAAUCUCCUCUUGGUGGAACAUGUAUGCUUUUAUUUCGCAUUAAAUAACCUGAAACAGUGCGAAACCUUCACUUCUGCUAAUUUAUCCACUCAGUCAGUGUUUGUUCUGUAGAGAAUAGCAGCGCAGUUCUGUAGAGAAUAGCAGAGCAGUACAGACACUCUGAACAGCAGCUAAAAUCCAUUAAAAUAGAUUUCAUUUGCUUUACGUUCACACACUGCUCACUCUACAGUCCAGAUAAGAGAUGCCAAACAUGCUAGAAAGACUUUUAUGUUGUAUUAUAGAUCUCUAACAGUCACAUAUGCGCCUGUGUCUGCAAACAGAUUGGUGAUCAUAAAGAUUGAACCUCCUAUUAUGACCAAUAUAAAGUGCCUUUUUGUAUUUACGUUGUGUCUGCUACUCUGUUUGUGUUGUAUCUGCAUUUGAACACAGUUUAAAUCCUGUUUUGGACGGAAAGAUGAGCGAUCUAGUCUAUAAACUGUGUCUGAAUGGUGUAAUUAUUGUGUUCUGUGAGUUCAUCACUUUUCCUUUUGUCUACAUGAAGAACCCCUGGAUUUUCUGUGACUUUAUAAUAAUGUGCACUACCAGAUCUUAGUGACUGUAACAUUAACUACACUUACAAUAUGCAUCUUUACUUUUUAUUCUCACUUUCUACUAAUUCCCUGUUGUUCCUAUCAGUAAAUAGUAUUGUUUCAUUUGGAUUUGUAUAUCAAUAUUUAAAUAAACUUACAAAUUGCAAUAUUUA